AUGCUUCCCAUCUCUCAAUUUCUGAGGUGUUCUCCCUGCAUUUCUCGGAAGACCAUGUUUCUUAUGAAGCCUUUGUGUGUUCUUCUAGUUACUUGUGUCCUUCACCGCAGCCGCGCCUGGUCAGUGAACAAUUUUCUGAUGACCGGUCCAAAGGCUUACCUGGUCUACUCCAGCAGCGUGGCAGCUGGUGCCCAGAGUGGUAUUGAAGAAUGUAAAUACCAGUUUGCUUGGGAUCGUUGGAAUUGCCCUGAGAGAGCUCUACAGCUGUCCAGCCAUGGUGGACUCCGGAGCGCUAACCGGGAGACGGCGUUCGUACAUGCCAUCAGUUCUGCUGGAGUAAUGUACACCCUGACUAGAAACUGCAGCCUUGGAGAUUUUGACAACUGUGGCUGCGAUGACUCCCGAAAUGGACAACUGGGAGGUCAAGGCUGGCUCUGGGGAGGCUGCAGUGACAACGUAGGCUUCGGAGAGGCAAUUUCCAAGCAGUUUGUGGAUGCCCUAGAGACAGGACAGGAUGCCCGGGCAGCCAUGAAUCUGCACAACAAUGAGGCCGGCCGCAAGGCGGUCAAGGGCACCAUGAAACGCACGUGUAAGUGCCACGGCGUGUCCGGCAGCUGCACCACGCAGACCUGCUGGUUGCAGCUGCCAGAGUUCCGGGAGGUGGGCGCGCACCUGAAGGAGAAGUAUCACGCGGCGCUCAAGGUGGACCUGCUGCAGGGCGCGGGCAACAGCGCGGCGGGCCGCGGCGCCAUCGCCGACACCUUCCGCUCCAUCUCCACACGCGAGCUGGUGCAUCUGGAGGACUCCCCAGACUACUGCCUGGAGAACAAGACCCUGGGGCUGCUGGGCACCGAGGGCCGAGAGUGUCUGCGGCGCGGGCGCGCCCUGGGCCGCUGGGAGCGCCGCAGCUGCCGCCGGCUGUGCGGGGACUGCGGGCUAGCGGUGGAGGAGCGCCGCGCGGAGACCGUGUCUAGCUGCAACUGCAAAUUUCACUGGUGCUGCGCGGUCCGCUGCGAGCAGUGCCGCCGGCGGGUCACCAAGUACUUCUGCAGCCGCGCCGAGCGGCCGCCGAGAGGCGCUGCGCACAAAUCCGGAAAGAACCCCUAA